UUUGGAAAACCCAUGUCAGUGCCUCACCAUCCUCACUGUAAAGAAUUUCCAAAUGUUUAAUCUAAAUCUAACCUUUUUCAGUUUAAAGCCAUUCCUCCUUGUCCUGUCACUACAUCCCAUGUAAAAAGUCCCUCUCCAGAUUUCUUGAAGGCUGUCAAGCUGCAAAGGCUGCUUAUGCUAAUGAAUUUUCAAAAAGCAAAUGUAUGCAAGGAUAGAAAAGUUUUAGUUCUGUGCACAUCAACUCUAGUGUCUCUUUUCCUGUAGAAGAUUAUGGAUGUGCCUUGGCAAAAGUGAUGUUUGAAGGUUGUCUAAAAAAGGUAAAAUCUGUUACUUAAUUAUGAAGAAAAGUAGAGGUCGGACAGGCCGAAAGAGGAGAAGAAAACACUUGCAGAUUUUGGGUGGAGUCAGCUGCAGUCACAAGCUGGAAUACAUUAAACUUAAGAAGUGGCUGAAAGACAGAGGAUUUGAAGACAGUAAUUUAAGGCCAGCGGAGUUCUGGGGUACAGGAAGAGGACUGAUGACAACAAAAGCUCUUCAGGCAGGAGAUCUGAUUAUUUCAUUGCCUGAGAAAUGCUUACUCACCACAGGCACUGUCCUUAAUAGCUGCUUGGGAGAAUACAUUAUGAAAUGGAAGCCUCCUGUAUCUCCUUUGAUAGCACUGUGCACAUUUUUAAUAGCAGAGAAACAUGCUGGUGAAAAAUCUCCAUGGAAGCCAUAUAUUGAUGUUUUACCGAAGACAUAUACUUGCCCUGUUUUUUUUGAGCAUGAUGCAGUAAGCCUUCUCCCUGAACCUCUAAGAACGAAGGCUCAGGAGCAGAGAACGAUGGUCCAUGAGUUGUACAUGUCUUCCAAGGCUUUCUUCUCUUCCCUGCAGCCUUUGUUUGCCGAGAACACAGAAACUAUAUUUAACUACAGUGCUCUAGAGUGGGCUUGGUGCACUGUUAAUACCAGGACAAUAUAUAUGAAACAUUCACAGAGGGAAUGUUUUUCUAUUGAGCCAGAUGUUUAUGCUUUGGCACCAUAUUUAGAUUUGCUAAACCACAGUCCAAAUGUUCAGGUAAAGGCUGCAUUUAAUGAGCAGACAAGAAGCUAUGAAAUUUGGACAAAUUCACAGUGCAAAAGAUAUGAAGAAGUAUUUAUCUGCUAUGGGCCUCAUGACAAUCAGCGACUGCUACUAGAAUAUGGAUUUGUUGCCAUGGAUAACCCUCAUAGCAGUGUUUAUGUCUCAUCAGAUACUCUUCUCAAAUAUUUUCCACCACUGGACAAGCAGAGAAAUGCAAAACUUUCCAUUCUGAGGGAUAAUGAUUUCUUAGAAAACCUGACCUUUGGAUGGGAUGGACCAUCUUGGAGACUCCUUACUGCUCUCAAGUUGUUAAAUCUUGGUGCAGAUGAAUUCUGGGGAAUACAGCAAAUGAUUGUGUUUAAACAUUUUGGUUCUAGUACUUGCUGGAGGAGAACACUCCUUGGUGAUGUAAUUUCAGCCAGAAAUGAACAGCAGACUUUGAAUAUAACAACAAAAAUAUGCCAUUUUUUAAUAGAGGAGACACAGCAUGUCCUUCUCCAGAUUUCCCAGUUGAAAAGGAGCAAAGAGAACCUGCAAAUGCACCUGGCUUUGGUAGAAGCGUUGCACUUGGAAAACCUGAAGAUACUACAAAAAUCAGCUGAGAGUCUUUGUAGCUUGCGUAUGGCAACCACUUGACUCAUCUGGACUUGUGGCUGAUUGGAGGUCAUUUGCCAUGGAUGUGCCUUGCUGAACUGUUUUAAUGGUCCUGAGCAGCAAAGAAUAAUGUACAGAUCAUCAAAAUAUGCUUAGUUUUGAUUACAGGGUCACAGAGGAUCCGCUAUUUAUUUUGUUCUUUGCUGACCUUCUUCAGUGAUACAAAAGGUUAGCCCAAAUGGUAGGGGAGAGCACAGGUGGCUUUCAUCAUAUCUCACUGAAAUUAUGGCUGCUGUGAGCGAAACAGUUUCUGAGGUAAUUUGAGCAGCCCUAGGAUUGUGGGCUCGAGCAGUCCUAGACUUUACAGCAGCCUCUGUGACUAAAGCAUGGAUCACAGGCUCAAGCAGAUACUCCUCAGCAUGUAUUUGAGCUCUGGCACUUGGCAGGGAGGAAGAGGACAGAGCCAUUUAUAUUUGUCUUGUUCCUGUCCUUUACCUUUCCCCUGUGUGAAUUUCCAUCCUUUACUCAAACCUCCUUCCAGACUCACUAGUUCGUAUUCUGGCUCCUCCUGCUGAGAAUGAGAAUUGAAAGGAUAUAUCACUUUGAACUCUGUUUCUUGUUUGGAAGACCACCCAGGCAAUUAGUUCUGUUUUCAUUUGUUUCUGAUGAUCACAUUGAGAAAUGUUCGUAUCCUGUUUAUAAGGGGAUAGUUUCAUGUGCUCUAUUUCAGCAUUGGUUCUAUUUAAGUAGGGAGCUUGAGCUUCCUACGUCGUUCAGAGAAGAGAGACGUCUUCAAAAGACAUUUGAGGGCAGGAGCCUUAUUUUAGCUGUACAAACUUACUUUGUGGUUGUGUUGUGAUUAUUUUCCGUUUUGUGGGGAAUCACAUUUCGUAGAAUUUUUCAUUACUGUUUUUAGCAUUUGUUAAGAGCUAUGUUUGUAAGUGUUUGUUUUUGUAUGUAUAUUGCUUCAUUUUCUACAAGACUUCUGUUUUUGAAAUAAAUUGUAUACAACAGUAAAGGCAUUCUAGAUAAUCUAACUUAAGGAAAAAAUACAGGUGAAAACUUAGGUAUUCACAUGCACUUGCAGACUUUCUUUGGUAUCUUGUGAACAAGAAUGUUAUUGUGUAAACUUUCUUGGAUUUGAGUAUUCCAUGUUUUUUUUUUCUGUCUCUGUUGGGACAGGAAAUGCUGUGAUACUUGGAGCUCUGAGAAGGGUUCUUCCUUACCUACAGGGGUAUGUUGGUUCAGCUUCAAAAUUCUGUGGGAACUGAAAAGUGUAACUGUUUGCUGUUUACUCAGUUUCCAAACCCAGAAGUUCUUGGUUUUCAGGUUUCAUCUUCAUAAGCUCUUCCUAGGAUUAGGAAGUUCUGAAAAUAAGCUUUUUUUUUCUGCCUUGUUUACCCCAGUGCACCGAGACUUCUCUGCACUGUCAGGCUUUCUUAUAUUGUUCAUAUGGAGAUGCUGACAGUGUGUUGGUGCUUUACAUUUCAGAGCAGAGGGCAGGGUGAAUGGGUUGGGAGAGGAGCUGAUGUAUUUUCUGGAGCUAGGUGCACGUUUAUUCCAUCUUUUGGGCCAACUUACUUUCAUAUUUGCCUAAACUGUGGUUUUAAUCCCUGCAAGUCACUUAGCACCAUGUUUUAUAGUCUAGUCACUUCCAUUCUGAAGUACUUCUUGGGGUGAGAUGCCUUUCUAGAUUUGGGGAUGCAGUCUCUAAUAAUCUCACCAAGAGCAAUUCCAUCAGCUUAAUGAAGGUCCUUCUGUACCACUGAACCUGUCUACAGCAGAGAUAAGGGCUGAGGCUUGCCCAUUCAUUUUGAUUAGAUCUGCAAAAAGGCCUACAGAAGUCACGGGUGACAUGGAGAGGGAUGGAUUGUGACUGAGCAUUCAUAGUGCAAGAAGUAAGGGUUUUCAAAGGAAGAUGGAAGAACUCAGGUUCAAAACUACCAGAAUGUGGUAACAAAUCCAUUGAUUUUAAUAAGGGAUAUGGAUAUAAAAGUUGACAUGGGUACAGAGCACCUAAUACGCAGAACAAGCAGCUAUUGGCAGUUACCAGCCAGCCAGGCAACUUUGGUCUUAUGUAGUCCCCUGAUCUCAAAACAGUUCAAGGUUGGGAGGAUAUUGAUGUCAAGUCUUGUAAAUGCUUGACCUGUACUUGCUCUUUUAAGGUCUUCAAGGAUGGACAAUGUGGGAAACAGGGCACUGGGCUAGUGGGAUGUGGUUUUGAACAUGUCCUGCAAUUUUGUUGAUUACAGGUGAACUGCUUGACCUCUCACUUUUUUUAAUAUGAACUUUUUCAUUCUGUAAGAACAGAUGUGUUUCACAUGUAAUAUUUUUAUAAUGAGAUGGUGCUAGAGUUAAAGAAGAUAAGGAUAUUUGGUUGUUGGAUUUUUUUUUUUGUUUGUGUUUGUUUUUUCUUUUUAUCCUGGAGAUGGCUGUUUUAAGAAAAACUUAUGUACAUUGUGUCUUGCAA